GUUGUCGAAGGGUCGUUCGUCCUGCAUCCGCCAUCGCAACACUCUCGCGCAAUAGAGAUUUUUGACAGAGUCGCCAUGUUCCGCUUUGCUGCCGCCUCCAUGGCCAGACCCUUCGUGGUCCCUCCAGUCCAGUUCCGCUCGUUCUCUCAAUCUCUGGCUGCCCGACGAAUCCUCUCUAGCCAGCCUCUCCGCAGCUCCACCUCCCAGGGCGCCCAGGGCGGCUCCUACCAGUUCAUCGAUCACACCUACGACGCGAUCGUCAUUGGCGCCGGUGGUGCUGGUCUUCGCGCUGCCUUCGGUCUUGCCAAGGAUGGAUUCAAGACGGCGUGUAUCUCGAAGCUGUUCCCCACUCGAUCCCACACCGUUGCGGCUCAGGGCGGCAUCAACGCCGCUCUCGGCAACAUGACCGAGGACGACUGGCGAUGGCAUAUGUACGACACCGUCAAGGGUUCCGACUGGCUAGGUGACCAGGAUGCCAUCCACUACAUGUGUCGCGAGGCUCCCCAGACCGUCAUCGAGCUCGAGCACUACGGCGUUCCGUUCUCGCGUACCGAGGAAGGCAAGAUCUACCAGCGUGCUUUCGGUGGUCAGUCCCUCAAGUUCGGCAAAGGUGGCCAGGCUUACCGCUGCGCUGCUGUUGCUGACCGCACGGGCCACGCCCUGCUGCACACCCUCUAUGGCCAGUCCCUCCGAUACGAUACCACCUUCUUUAUCGAGUACUUUGCUCUGGAUCUGAUCAUGGAGAACGGCGAGUGCCGCGGUGUCGUCGCCCUCAACAUGGAGGACGGUACCCUGCAUCGUUUCCGUGCCCACAAGACCGUCCUUGCCACCGGCGGCUACGGACGUGCCUACUUCUCGUGCACUUCGGCCCACACCUGCACCGGUGACGGCAACGCCAUGGUUGCUCGCGCUGGCUUGCCCCUCCAGGAUCUCGAGUUUGUCCAGUUCCAUCCCACUGGUAUCUACGGCGCUGGCUGUCUCAUCACCGAGGGUGCCCGUGGUGAGGGUGGCUACCUUCUCAACUCCGAGGGCGAGCCCUUCAUGGAGCGCUAUGCCCCCACCGCCAAGGAUCUCGCCUCGCGCGACGUCGUCUCCCGCAGUAUGACCAUCGAGAUCCGCGAGGGCCGUGGUGUCGGACCCAACAAGGACCACAUCUUCCUGCAGCUCAGCCAUCUCGCCCCCUCGGUCCUGCACGAGCGUCUGCCCGGUAUUUCCGAGACCGCUGCCAUCUUUGCCGGUGUCGACGUCACCAAGGAGCCCAUCCCCGUCCUGCCCACUGUCCACUACAACAUGGGCGGUAUCCCCACCCGCUACACCGGUGAAGUCAUCGACUACCGUAACGGCCAGGACCACGUCGUGCCCGGGCUCUAUGCUGCCGGUGAGGCCGCCUGUGUCUCUGUGCACGGCGCCAACCGUCUCGGUGCCAACUCGCUUCUCGACAUUGUUGUCUUUGGCCGCGCCUGUGCCAACCACAUCAAGGAGACUCUGAAGCCCGACACCCCUCACCGCCCUCUUCCUGCCGAUGCCGGCGCUGCCACCGUGGCCAACCUCGACAAGGUCCGCUACGCCAGCGGCGCUGUUCCCACUGCCGAUAUCCGCCUCAAGAUGCAGCGUGUCAUGCAGAACAACGCCGCCGUCUUCCGUGUCGAGGAGAGCUUGCAGGAGGGUGUCAAGCUGAUUGAUGAGGUUGCUGCCCUGAUGCCCGACGUCAAGACUACCGACCGUGGCAUGAUCUGGAACACCGAUCUCGUCGAGACCCUUGAGCUCCAGAACCUGAUGACCAACGCCGUGCAGACCAUGCACUCCGCUGCCGUCCGCAAGGAAUCCCGUGGUGCCCACGCUCGCAUGGACUACAGCACCCGUGACGACACCAACUGGAUGAAGCACACCAUCUCCCGCCACAAUGUCGAGACCGGCAAGGUUGACCUGGAAUACCGCCCUGUCAUCAUGGACACCCUCGACGAAAGCGAGUGCAAGACCGUCGCUCCCGUCGCCCGUGUCUACUAGACGAAUGAAUCUCAUGGCGACUUCCCUCCUCUCAUUUAACCCCUCCCGUUGAUCACGGAGCGUGUCGGCCGUCGCUGGUGAUGGAGCUGGAUAUGCGUCGAUCCGAUAGCCAUCUCAUGUGAGCGGACAAUCUCACCUCUCCCCUUCUCCCACCUUGUCUCGCCAUCUUUUGGACCAAUGCCAUCGGGUUGCUCGUUGCCGCUCCUUCCUUCGUUUCUCCCCCCCUCACUCUAUUUCCCAGAGGAGCCAGACACGCUCCUUUUCAUUGUUCCCACAACCAAUACAACGCAGCGUGUUCAUGCAGACAGAAA